AGGUUAACCUGUGAUUUUCAUUUUGUUCAUCAAGUGCAUUGGGAAACUGUUGGAAAGAGAGUUGAUAUUGAAGACCAAGUAUAUAAAUUUCAUUUGAUGAUCAUCAAUGACGACCAAAAUUGUACAACAUUCAGUAGAGAUUCGAUAAUCCGAAUCUGAUAAAUGAUAUUGUUCUAACAUGUCUUAAACGCGACGCUAUUUCAUCUUAUUUGACAACUGGACGUGUAGUGCGAAUAUAGUGCAAAAAUGGCCAUAUUACUGUAUCUUUAAAACAAAAAGGUGAAAUAUUAGACAAAUUGAAAAAUCGUGUUUGUGGUAAGUCACGUUAUCACAGCGACCGUUUCCGACAUUCGAAAAAGGGAAGAUAAAAUAAAAAGAUUCUAUUGCAAAAAAUGUCAACCCUUAAGUUUGUGUGGAAGUGUAUGUUCUCCCCAAGAUUAAUAAAAGUUUAUGGCAACGGUCCUGUCGAGCAGUUUUAUGAGCCCCAAUUAUUGGAAAAGUGGGGAGACCAAAUAAUACAUUCUCUUUAUAUAAUAUGGAAAUUAGGAAUAUAUACAUCUCCAUUCUUAGUUGGUAUCUUAUACCAGCGGGGCUACUUUGAACUACAGGGCCUGACGAGUCUCUCGAAAGUAGUCACUGGUGUGAGUGUCAUUUUAGUAAUCUCUUAUUGUAUCAGGGGCAUAAGCAGAUCCCGAAAUCCCUUGUAUCAGCAAUUUAUGGGAGUCUUGGAACAGGCUCAGCGGGACAUCCGCAGCGUUAAACCUGAACUGAUGAAGUAUGAGUUUGAAUUUUCAGCUUGGCCUGUAGAAUAUCACAUUAGCAGCAAAAUAGAUACCAUGAGAUAUAUAGGAAUUCACAAACCCACAAUGCACCAAGAUAUCUUUCAAUAUAUCACCUCGUUGCCUUUUCGCGUAAUCGCCUAUCUCGCUGUUCAUUCCUUUGGCAUAAGGUUAAUAUACCCGGGAAGUAUUGGCAUGUUGCAAAUGAUACUGGAACAAAGCUUACUUCAAGGCAGAUUUAAAUUGAUAGAAUCACACCGGGCAGAAAGGUUCAAGUUAAAAGCAGUAGACGGCAACUUCAUCGAUAGUAUCUUGAUUGACAAGAGGAACAUAUCUUCCAAUGGCAAUAUAUUGGUUAUCUGUAGUGAGGGUAAUGCCGGGUUCUAUGAAAUUGGUACCAUAAUCACCCCAAUUGAAGCGGGAUACUCAGUGUUGGGUUGGAACCAUCCAGGCUUCGGUGGCAGUACCGGCAUGCCUUAUCCGUCUCAAGAACAAAACGCCAUAGAUGUGCUGGUGCAAUUCGCUAUAAAUAAACUGAGUUUUGAGGUUGAAAAUAUAUUGUUUUUUGGAUGGAGUAUUGGGGGGUACGCAACUUCGUGGGCCGCCAUGAACUAUCCCGAUGCCAAGGGAGUCGUGAUAGAUGCAACUUUUGACGACAUUUUGCCCCUGGCGAUUAAUCACAUGCCUAAAUGGUGGGAACCCAUAGUUAAGUUGGCAAUCAGGGAACAUGUGAAUCUCAACAUAUUCGAACAACUUUCAAAAUAUCCGGGACCUAUACUCUUGAUCCGUAGAACCGACGAUGAAGUGAUAUGCUUAAAAGAAAACGAUUUAUCUUCAAACCGAGGCAAUCAUCUGUUGAUAAAAAUAUUAAAACAUCGUUAUCCAGCAAUAUACGAGGAACAUCAACUCGAACUUUUAAAUGAUUAUUUGGCUGUUACCGGAGCUGCGCAGGAGCAAAUAUUACGGAAAUACAAUGUGGAUGAAAACAUGUGCGUUUCUCUGCUGCAAUCGUACAUUUCGGAAUAUUCAACGUCAUUUCCGAUGAAGAUUGGCGAAGACUUUGCCGAGAGAGACAGGUCACAAAUGGCUUUGUUUUUGGCAAGCAAACACCUUAAAGAUUUUAAGGCAACCCACUGCAUAAGCUUGCCGGGGGAGAUGUUCCAUCCGCCAUGGGAGCUUAACAUAGAAGGAGACUUCGUUUUCACGUAAUGCAGAAAAUCGUAGCAAAUAUGUUAAU